AUGACCUGUAGACCGUUUAAACCAUUCACUACGGCCGCUGUCAUUGAGAUUCAAUCAAUGGAAAAUACCAAUACAAGUGAUCCUGAACAACCUAGUUGCUUCAGUGCAAUACAAAUACUUCCUCCCACUGAAAAUCAAGUAACUAUCUGCGAGAAAAACUGCUUGUACCUUACAGAAGAUGCCGAUCAACUACGUUGCAAUAGUCAUGUUACUCAGAUUUCCAGUUAUAAACGCAUUGAGGUCAAUAAUGAACUAGAAAAAUUUCGAAUCGUAUCAUCCUCUGUUAGAUCGGCCUUUGUUAAGCAGCAAAGUAAUUACUGGCAGAAAAUUUCACGUGCUUGGAAAACUUGCGGUAUUUCCGGCAUUGUUCAAGAAUUAUCAGUAAUAGAGAGUUCUUUAGACGAUAAUCAAAAAGCGACUUGGACUUUCAACUUACAGAAACUAACCGAAAAAGUGCUAACUUGUAUUUUAAAUGCACAAAAGCGAUGGUUUCCUGCAUCAUUUAUGAUAAAUAAACAACUAGAAGCCAGCUAUCUUCAUCCGCAUGGUAAGCGAUCUUCUAUUGUGGCUCUAGCUUGGCAUCCGCACAUUUCCAAAUUUGCUGUCGGUUUUAAGGAUAACACCGUUAGAAUAAUGUCUUUAACAAAUGAUAAAUAUAACUUACUCAAGCAUGGCCAGCAAGAAGGAGUAACUUGUCUUGCAUGGAGGCCAUUUGCAGGUUCUACUCUCGCAGUUGGUGGAUUACAUGGCAUUAUCAUCUGGUAUUUAAAUUCUACCCGAGAUACUACGUCUAGGCAAGGCAUCCGCUUGUUGGAGUGUAAAAAGCAUUCACCUGUCGUCACAAUGGCAUGGAGUCCAACCGGAAACUAUUUAGCUUCUGGAUGUCCCCUUGAUAAUGCCUUGAUGAUAUGGGACGUAGAAAGUGAAACUUGCACUCCUCUACGUAGAAGUGGUGGAAUUUCCCUGCUAAAAUGGUCCCCUGAUGGAUCAAAGCUAUUUGCUGCCUCUUCUGAAUCGAUCUUUAGAGUUUGGGAAACUAGAUGGUGGUCAUGCGAAAAAUGGUCUAGAUUAAAGUCUAGCUAUGGUAAAUUAGGUAGUAGUGGAGAAGUUGCUACAAACUUAACAAACUUGCAAAGAUUUGAAUUUGGUAACGGUGUAAAGGUUGGAGGAAAUAUAUGCAACCUAUCGUGGGAAAACGAUGGGUCACGCCUUGCGGUUACUUUUUCCAAUAACGAUGAUGAUGAAGAGAGUAAUUCUGAAGUUAUCGUAACCUUUCUGACUACGCUAAAACCGAAUUUUAGGAUAUCUUUAUGCGGUUUCAUUAGAGGAGAAGCUAAUGAAACACCCGACCUUAUUGAAUUCCAUAGCAGUAGAAUCAACAAAACUUUAUUAUCAGUGUGUUGGUCUAGUGGCUAUAUGUCAUUUAUUCCCUUUUACUUGAAUGAAUUAAGACAAAUCCGCCAAACUGGUACAAUUAAUUCUCCCAUGCCUAACCAACCUACAAUGAAAAAUAAUAUAACGUUAUACUCAAAUAUCCAACAGCAAUGA